AUGUUGGCUUACAAUCCAUGCUUUGGUGAUGUUCUUCCAUCUACAGGACUAUUCCAGGCAGCAAAAAUGAUAUUGGGGACUCCAUUUGUGACUGCAUUCUUGAUAUAUAAAUGCCGUAGGAGGCACUUAUCCAUGUAUGGUGUUGUUGAAGAAUUUCUACGAAGUCACAAUAACCUCAUGCCAAUAAGUGAUCGCCUUGUGGCUAUAAAGAUAUUAGGUAAAUCCAAAGCUAACGGACCAGAUUUUACAAGCAAAGUUGCAACCAUUGGAAGGAUUCACUAUGUUAACGUAGUGCAGCUCAUUGGUUUUUGCGUUAAAGGAUCGAAAUGGGCUCUUGUAUAUGAGUUCAUGCCUAAUGAUUCUCUAAAUAAAUACAUAUUUUUGCCAGAAGUAUGCACGCUUCUACGUUAUACUCAAAUGUAUGAUAUAGCUCUAAGAGUGACUCCUAGGAUUGAAUAUUUACAUCAAGGAUGUGACAUGCAAAUUUUACAUUUUGAUAACAAGCCUCACAACAUUCUUCUUGAUGAAAAUUUUACUCUCAAAGUUUUUGACUUUGAACUAGCAAAAUUAUAUCUAGUAAAUGACAGCAUUAUUUCUUUGACUGCUGCAAGAGGGACAUUAGGAUACAUGGUUCCAAAGUUGUUUCACAAAAAUAUUGGGAUUGGGCUUGGGCCUUGCGUUGGGUUGACAAUUGUGGACAAUAAAAUUCAAGCUGAAUUGGAGAACUCACUAGCUUACUAG